AGGGGCCAGCUGAGUGAAGACAGGGAGGGAGAGAGUGGCAGGUAUAAAGGCCCUGCGGUAGGACGAGCCCUACGUCUGAGAGGAUCAACAGGAGCCAGUGUGGUUGGAAUACGGGAGCCCAGGAGAGAAGGGUGAGAGUCGAGAGGUAGGCAGGUGCGGACCUGGCUGGAGUGAGGGGCCUGGGUUUUUGUUUUGAGUCUCACGGGAAGCAGGCGGAGGACUUAGAAAGGGAAGUGACAUAAUGUGAUUUACACUGAGAAAAAAGUCGCUCUGAUUGCUGGGGGUGAUCUGAUUCUAGGGUGGCAGACGUGGGGGCAGGGGGACGCUGCGGGGGCUUGUGGCAGCUGUCCCAGGAGCGAGAUGAUGUGUGUGGUUAAGGGCGCAUGGUGAUCAGGAGCCGGGCUGUGCACUCAGGCCAUCCAAGAGACCGGGUCAGCUCUGCCACUCAGCCUGCCGUGGAACUGGGUUGGCCCUACCUGCAGGCCUACCAGGAAGACACUGCUGUCUGCAGGGCGCUCGCUUGGGCCACGCACAGUGCCCAGUGAACUAUUCCCCAUGUCAUCAUUACACCUUCACGGGUGGCUGUCAAGGUGACAGAGUCGGUGUGGCACUGUCCGUUCGAGGUGCUCUUGGCUGCAAGUGACAGCAGCCCAGCUGACUGGGCUUCUUGGCUUUUCUGUGACAAGAAGCAGGGAGUUCGAGUUUCCUGAGACGAGUUCAGCCAACGUUGCGGGCAGAGCCCGAGUGUGUGUCUCUUCCGUUUUCCUCUCGCCAUCACAGUGUGGCUGGGGCGUCAGGCCAUCAUCUCCACCCGCAGGGAAGAGCCCAGGCGGAGGCGCCGGGGUAGCGUCUCUCGUGUUCGGAGAAACGUCAUCCAGACGCGGACUCCUCUCAGUCUGGUUGGGCAGGCUGAGCGCGUCCAUCCCCCAGUGGCCCGGGAGCCACCCUUGGUGGUUACGACCAGGCCGAGCUGCUGUAACAGAGACCCCAGGAUCCAGUGGCUCAGAUAAGAUGGAAGAGCUUACUGUUUGCUCACGUGACGGUCCAGAGGCCUUCUAGGAUGCAUCAGUGCUGUGCCCCACGGGGUCCUCCUGGGUCCCUCCUGUCUUGGUCUUCCACUGUCCUUUAGGUCAGGGGUCAGCAAAUGUUUUCUGGAAAGAAUCAGAGAGUAGAGAUCCCUGGCCGUGGGCGCAGCCUCGCAGGCUGUCCCGUGUCUGCCGUUGGAGGUCAGAAGCAGCCGUGGACGGUGCAGAGCAGACAGCUUGGCCAGGCGUCAGUGAAACCUCACUGAGAAGACAGGCUGCAGGCCAGGGGUUCUCAAAGGUGUGCACCCAGAGCACUUUAUAUUGCUAAAAACCCGUUGAAGGCCCCAAACCACUUUUAUGUAUGGGCCUUCUAGCCAUGCAUAUAUAUUAUUGCUAGAAACUAAAGCCAAGAAAAUUUCAAAGUACUAAUGCAUUUAGAAUUAGCAGCAAUCAGCUCUUCAUAUGUUAAUGUAAAUAACAUUUUUUUUAAUCUGAGAAAUAACCAUGUUUUCCAAAAUGGAAAAUUGUGCAUCUUGUUUCUGCACACCUCUUUAAUGUCUGACUUGAAAGAAGACUGCUCGGUUCUCAUAUCUGCUUCUGCGUUCAGCCUGGGGCCAGGUGGCCUCCAGGGGACCCCACUGUACGGCCAGGCAAGCAUGAGAGAAGAGGAAGUCACGUCUUCGUGUAUGAGGAAGACAGUACUGACCUCGUAGUACACCCCAGAAGGAUCUUGGGGGUCCCCAGACCACCCCAGACGGUGGUUCUAAACCAGGGUUUAUUUGGGUCUGGGUCACUCUUUGCCGUGGGGCCGUUCUGUACCCUGUGGGACCUUUAGCAGUGUCCCUGGCCUCCACCCACUGGAUGACAGCAGCCCUGCUCCUCCCGCCCCAUCCAACAAUCAAAGAUGUCCCCAGACUUUUCCACAGCUUCCUGGUUGAGAACCACUAUUCUGGGCUCUUGUGUCAGGGUCAUAACUGAAGCCACUGCCACAUCUGUGUUCCCUCCUUCAGGGAGGUGGAAGAGGAAGUGGGGGACACCAGCUUUCCCCAGGGCGGGGGUACUACAAAAAGGAGAAUGGAGAAAGGACAUGGGGACAUGGCCACACUGCCCAGAUGUGACUGGGGCCCUUUAGAGUCUCAGUCGACUUGAGCCGCCACAGCCUGGGCGGCUCAGCAACGCACAGUUUGCCACCGUUCCGGAGGUGGAAGUCCAAGAUGAAGGUGCCGGCAGGGUCGGUUUGUGGAGAGACCUCUUCUUGGCUUGCAGACCGCUGCCUUCUCGCUGUGUGCUCACAUGGCAGAGACAGUGCUUCCUCUUCUUGUGCUGCUGUCCCACCAGGGCUCGCAGGCCCUCAUGGAGGUCCCGUGCCCCCCGCAGCAGGCCCCGGCACCCCUGCCCGUGAAGCAGGAGCACCGGGCCGAGGGCCUGGCCCUGGACUCGCCGUGGCACCGCUUUCGCCGCUUCCACCUGGGCGACGCGCCGGGCCCCCGCGAGGCGCUCGGCCUGCUGCGUGCGCUCUGCCGGGACUGGCUGCGGCCCGAGGUGCACACCAAGGAGCAGAUGCUGGAGCUGCUGGUGCUGGAGCAGUUCCUGAGCGCCUUCCCCGCCGACAUCCAGGCCUGGGUGUGCAGCCGGGGGCCCCAGAGCGGCGAGGAGGCCGUGGCCCUGCUGGAGGAGCUCUGGGGACCAGCCAUGAGGGCCCCUCGGGAUGCAACAGAAGGCUCUGGGGUCAGCGCUGGAAAGGAAGACAGUGGGAUGGUUCCCUUAGGAGAUGCGGCCACGGGGGCUGAGGAGCUGGCGACGGGGGACGCCCAGGCCGCGCGUCCCUACAAGCAGGAGCCGGGCAGCCCCCCGCCCGCGCCCGGCCCGCCCGCGCCCGGCCCGCCCGCCUUCCUGACGGCCCCGGGCGCCGCGUCCUGCCCCGAGUGCGGCAAGGCCUCGCUGAAGCCGGCGCACCUGCUGCGCCACCGGCAGAGCCACUCGGGCGAGAAGCCGCACGCCUGCCCCGAGUGCGGCAAGGCCUUCCGGCGCAAGGAGCACCUGCGGCGCCACCGCGGCACGCACCCUGGCGGCCCCGGGCCGGCCCUGCGUCCGCUGCCCGCGCGCGAGAAGCCGCACGCCUGCUGCGAGUGCGGCAAGACCUUCUACUGGCGCGAGCACCUGGUGCGCCACCGCAAGACGCACUCGGGCGCGCGGCCGUUCGCCUGCUGGCAGUGCGGCAAGGGCUUCGGGCGCCGCGAGCACGUGCUGCGCCACCAGCGCAUCCACGGCCGCGCGGCGGGCGGCGCUGGCGGGCCGGCACCCACGGGCCCCGAGGGCGGGGGGACCUUCCCGCCUUGGCCGCUAGGGUAGCCGCCGCCGCCCUUGGCGGUCCAGGCCCCGUCCCGCAGCCCUCCUCCAGCAGCGGCUCCUUGCCUGCCUCUCUCCAUCCGCUCCUCCCCGUCUGACUUCCCCAAGUCCUAACGCUCUGUGUGCCCUGCUGACUCUUCCUGUCCAGAGCUCCCUGUCCUACUCAGACGUGAGGUGAGCUCUGUCAUCCUGCCUGACCUCCCAGCCUCUCCCACGCUGUAAAAGGUGCCUCCCCGUGUCCUCCCUUUCCCCCUCCCCUCCCGCUUCCCUCCUUUCCUGUCCACUCACUCCCUACCCUCAACGUGGAGAACAAGGUGGGCCAGGAGCUCAGAAGAGGAGCGAGGGCAGUAGCAGCAGGCCCGGCCCCAUUGAUCAAGAGGAGGCUGGAGGAAGGGGACCGGAUCUUGUCCCUAGGAGACCCUUCAGGACAGACUGAGGGACAGAUGGGGACGGGGGGGAUGGUUGACAGGACGGUCGGGGGCCUGGCGGUGGGCUCCUCCAUCUCCCUUUCCUCCCUGCAAGCCAGGAAGGCAUGAGAUGGACAGAGAUGCCUGCUCAUGGCAAGCGCAUCGGAGAUGACAGUUCACCAGCAUCUGCAGAGUAAUAAAGUCACUGAUGAGGUGUGCA